CUGAUGCUCACAUUUCAUCUACCAACAUCCCUUCUUUUCACAUGCAUGUCCUGCAAUUAUAUUUCGAGGUUUUUCUCAAAAAGUCUAGUAAUUUGAGCCGGAGUAUUCUUGAACUGACUCAUCUUUUUCUGCUUAGUUAGGAGUUGAGAAUACUAUGGGGAACAUGGAAUAUGCUCUCAUGUACGUUGUUUUGUGCGAUCUCAUGGAUCGUUGCAGGUACUUUCUUGAAGAUGGAUGCUGUUGAGCGGUCUGGUGAAACCAAGUAUGAGUGCUUGCUCUUUGCACUUCGUUUGAUAGGAACUGUCAAUAAUGACCAGAUAUGGAUGAUACUCUGUACCCUUUGAGCUCGGGCCUAAAUCUGGCUUGCCGGAAGAAUAUAGAAGAGUUCAUGCUCCAUAAGUUACAUAUCGAGGAAAGUGAAGUUCCAAGGAUGAACUUGAAACUGUACAGGGAACAUGGCACAACAAUGGCCGGUCUAAAGGCUCUGGGUUAUGAAUUUGACAAUGAUGAAUUCCAUGCAUAUGCUCAUGGAAGGCUGCCGUACGAAACGCUGAAACCGGAUCCUGUGUUGAGAAAUCUCCUGCUUUCCAUGCUGCAGCGCAAAAUUAUCUUUACUAAUGGAGACAAAGCACAUGUAGCCCAAGUUCUAAGCAGGCUGGGGUUAGAAGAUUGCUUUGAAGGCAUCAUAUGCUUCGAGACUCUCAACCCUGCUCUGGAACCUGUUAUGGAUCCGCUAGAUGGUGAUUCAGUGCCGGCAGAAGGUGACACAGAGGUGGAUGGCCAAGCCGACAGCAAUGCUGUGAGCUCCAAGAUGCGAAUCCUCUGUAAACCCUCAGUGGAAGCCAUCGAAGCAGCAAUCAAGAUAGCAGAUGUUGAUCCCAGCAAAACAAUUUUCUUCGAUGACAGUGCUCGAAACAUUGCAAGUGGGAAAGCAGCAGGACUACAUACGGUCAUUGUGGGGAGCUCAGUGUUGGUGCCUGGUGCAGAUCAUGCCCUGAGAAGCAUUCACAACAUCCGAGAAGCCUUACCCGAGAUAUGGGAGGAUCAAGAAGGAGAGCAGUUGGAGCAAGUCAUCCAGUCCACCGCUGUUGAGGCCGUGGUCCUUGCAUAGAUACAUCUUUUCCAGUAUCAACCAUUCGGGCAAAAGCACCCGACAUGUCAUGAAUGCCUUUUAGCUAAUACUCUGAAUCUGAUGUUAUACUCAAACCGUCACUUAGAGGGAUACAUCCUGAUCAGCUCACAGAAUGGUUAGGUCAUUUAGGGCUUUUCCUUUUCCUUACGAGUCUGUAACUAGCUGAUACAUUGUGGCCCAGAUGGCAGUGGAUAAUGGUUUUACUUAUGAGCCGAUAACAUGAAAAGUUGUCUUUCAUCUAGAAUGUUGAUUGCAGAUAGCGUCCCUUUAAAAAGUCCAACCUUGCUAUAG